AUGGAGAACAGCCACUUCCCUUUGACUGAGGAUCAACUGCAAUCCUAUAAUGAGAAGGGCUACUUGGUUAUUCAAGGGUUCUUCAACGCCCCAGAAACCAAGCUUCUUCAGCAAUGGACCCAGGAAGUCCAUGACCUGCCCCGCACUCCAGAUGCAUCAUACAUGCCAUACGAGGAGGUAAAUGCAGAAGGCAAGCGGGUCCUCUGUCGUACAGAGAACUACGCCAAUAGCCAUACUGGCUUUAACAGCUUCCUUCGGGGCCAGCGCAUGUUGAGCGUCCUUGAACAGCUGGCUACCGAGCCAAUGCUACUGUUCAAAGAAAAGAUCAACUACAAACUCGCAGGCAGCGGUGGCUUUUCUCCCCACAUCGAUGCCAACGCCUAUACCCAUGUCAAGAACAUCAAGCAUUUGACUGUCCUUGCGGCGGUGGACGACAUGACCCCCGAAAACGGUGGUUUGGAUGUUGUAGAUGGCAGUCAUCGUACAGAGAUCAAACUGGGAGAGGAUCGUUGUAUUGAACCCGCUUGGGUCGAAAGCCAAAAGUGGACACCUUGCUGCCUGCUGCCAGGUGAUAUUAUGGUGUUCGGAUCCUAUCUCGCCCACCGCAGUGGUGCUAAUACGAGCUCUAAAGACCGCCGAGCGAUCUAUGCCACUUACAAUUGCAAGGCGGAAGGCGACCUCCACGAUUCGUAUUAUGAAGACCGAAAGAAGCUCUGGCCUGCUACUCACAUGCGGAAGGAAGGAGAAAACUACGAAGAGGGACGACUUCGGUAUGGGUAUGGUUCUCCAAUGCUGACUAUUGAAGGCCAACCACAACCGGUAGCGUAG